CCCUCCCACUGUGUUGGGGGUACGGCAGGGGAGGGAUGGGAGGAAAAAAGCUCUUUGACUCGGAAGGGUAGGUUCGCCUCCUCAUAUUCCAUAUCGCUGCGGCCGCGCAUGCGCUGGAGAUCGGAGGCCAGGCGGUGAGAAGCGGAUGCCGUUACCAUGUUGGGGCUGCUCGGGGAACAAGGACGGUAAAGUCGGUGAAGCUGUGCACAUGGUUUCUCUGGUUCCAAAUAAACAAAUGGAGUGAAACAGCUAUGGACAGUCUCAAUGACCCAGAGGAUACAUAUAUUGCAGUGAUUCGUCCUAAGAAUGCUGCUAGUUUAAAUUCUCGUGACUAUCGAACAAAAUCAUAUGAAAUCCUGCUGCUGGAGUUGCAAAAUGAAGGCAAGGAGAAAAAGAGAAAGAAAGUUUUGCUACAAACAAAACUGAAGAGGGAUGAAAAUAAAGGACAAGACAUUCUUGACUUUGUAGUUGAAGCUACCAAACUGAUGUCACCUAACAACCAAGGAGUCAAAGGUAAACGAGUGGUGUUGAUAAAAGAAUUCCCUGUCCACGGAGAAAAUUCUUGCAGGGCAGCUGCACUCUAUGUUGUACCAACAGCAGUUAAAGACAACAGCAAGAUAUCCUAUUGCCUUGGAGCACCAAGCUUUUACUGCUUCCAGGAUAUUAUGCGUGUGUGCAGUGAAUCUAGCACUCAUUUUUCUACACUCAGUGCAAAAAUGCUGAUUGCCUUGGACAAGUGGUUGGCAGAACAGCACACCAUCUCCCAUGCCAUUCCAGGUCUUUUUAGACCAUCGCCUCUUGACAGACUCAAAUCUUGUGUAGCAAACCCUGCUUACAUCAAAGAAAUGGAUCAGCAUGAAAAUACACUAAAUGUGGGCUACACUGCUUUGGAGAUAAAAAGUAAAAUGUUGUCACUGGAAAAAGCUGACCUCUGUAUCUACAAUCCACUUUUUGGAUCAGACUUACAGUACACAAAUAGGGUAGAUAAAGUGGUUAUAAAUCCGUACUUUGGCUUGGGAGCACCUGAUUAUUCCAAGAUACAGAUUCCAAAACGUGAAAAAUGGCAGCGUAGUAUGAGUAGCAUAAUGGAGGACAAGCCCAGCCUGUCCAACCUUUCCUCAUUGGAUAAUCCCUCUCCUACCACCCCAGGUUGCGAUUCUUGGCCCGCAGAUGGCUUCGAGUUGCUGGAUCAAGCAGUUUGA